AUGGUCAGCUCCUGUUGUGGCUCUGUCUGCUCUGAGGAGGGCUGUGGCCAAGGCUGCUGCCAGCCCAGCUGCUGCCAGACCACCUGCUGCAGGCCCACCUGCUGCCACCCCAGCUGCUGUGUGUCCAGCUGCUGCAGACCCAGCUGCUGUGUGUCCAACUGCUGCAGACCCAGCUGCUGUGUGUCCAGCUGCUGCAGGCCCAGCUGCUGUGUGUCCAGCUGCUGCAGGCCCAGCUGCUGUGUGUCCAGCUGCUGCAGACCCAGCUGCUGCCAACCCAGCUGCUGUGUGUCCAGCUGCUGCAGGCCCCAAUGCUGCCAAUCUGUGUGCUGCCAGCCCACCUGCUGCCGCCCCAGCUGUUGCAUUUCCAGCUGCUGUCGCCCCAGCUGCUGCAGGCCUUCCUGCUGCCAGCCCAGCUGCUGUGUGUCCAGCUGCUGCAGGCCCAGCUGCUGCCAGUCUGUGUGCUGCCAACCUACCUGCUGUCGUCCCAGCUGCUGUGUCUCCAGUUGUUGCCGUCCCUCCUGCUGUGUGUCCAGCUGCUGCAGGCCCAUCUGUUGCCAGAGCACCUGCUGUCGCCCAGCUUGCUCUAGUUGUUCUUGUUGCUGA